AUGACCUCUGAGAUCAAGACUGAUUUGCCAAUGGAGGGUACCACGCAGCCUUCGUCGAACUGGAUCGACGCGUACAAGUCGGAGGAGAUUGCGAACGAGCUCGAGUCUGAGUUUGCGGACGAAGACGAUCAGACUCGUUCCAACUCCAACUCGAGCAGCGACGAGAUACACCAGCACUUUCUGAACGUCGAGAAGACUACGAGGCGCACUCGGCUUGCCGCCAAUAUGGUAGUGUUGAUGGGUGCCGUCGCUGCAUUCAGUUUCCUCUACAUGGGAAUCAGCUCGGCCAAGAGUGACACGAAAGACUUGUUCGAGAGGCGCGCCGGCGAUUUUGCCAAGGAAGUUGAUUCUGCCUGGCACGACUACGAGUCGGCUGCCAGCUGGGUUCACUCGGCUUGCCGCAACUGGAGGCAUGACAACUUCACCCAUGAAGACUUUGAAGCCGUUUACCUUUACCUCAUCGCGGCCGGCCUCGAUUUUUACGCUGUCGACUGGUUGCCAAACAUUACACAUGAUGAACGAGCCGAGAUUGAAGAAACGGAAGGAGCCUUUUGGAAGACCAUCGAGGGCGCCGAAGGGUACAGCGGUUUCAUGGGCCAAGAACCUGACCCAGAGAAUGCUGGUCAAUUAGUCUAUACCAAUCGCUCCGUUCAAGACUUCUACUAUCCUAUCUAUUUUGUCGAGCCAAAGGACACCACUGCAGGAAUCAUUCACUACGACCUCUACUCUGCCCCAUGGGAACGUCCGGCCAUGACGAAAGCAAUCGAAACGUACCAGCCUGCUCUCACGGGCAGAUUUGUUCUGGCCCAGCAUAGCGAAGACGAGGGGUACAGUGUCAUUCUGUAUCAUCCUGGCGUUCCGCUUCCUCCCGAAAAGUUCGACACGGAACGUCGGGAUUUCGCUUGCAUUAUCAUGAACAUCAACCUGUUUCUGCAACGUGCGGCUCGGUAUCAAAGUGAGCCGAUGUCGGUCUACCUUUACGACACGACCUUGACAGCUCUCGACGGGGCCGCUCCAGAGUUCCUGGGUGGGGUUACGGUCGAUUACAAGGACGGAGACCGAAACCAAAAGGAAGUCAUCCUCUUGAAGGAAACAGAGCACGCAUCUCUGCAAAAUGCGCGGCUCUACUUUGAGCGUGACGUCAACGUGGGCGCAAGGACUUGGACCACCGUCGUGGUCCCCGUGGAUGGGUCAUACGAAGAAGAGUUGCCAUUUGUGUAUGUUACUGGCAUAAUCAUCUUCUUGGCGUCCAUUCUGUUGGCAAUCUGGAUGAUUCACAACAUGCAAAGGUCGAUUCAGCUACAUAAAGUGAUAUCCAAAGCCUCCGCAGAAGCCUCGAUUGUCUCCAACCUCUUCCCGGCCAAUAUCAGGGAAAGGAUGAUCCAAGACGCCGAGGCCAGAAACAACGCGAGAGCAUCAAUGACCAAGGAUGUGUUUCGCAACGAUCGAAAGGGAGGCGAACACAGACUAUCAGAGAACAGAUUGCAUAGGCUGAUGACGAGUGAAGGUGUAUUUGGCACCAAGCCCAUCGCUGAGCUCCACCCCUAUACAACGUGCAUGAUUGCUGAUCUCUGUAACUUUACUGCUUGGGCGAGUGUUCGAGAGCCCUGUCAGGUGUUUACUCUCCUUGAGUUGAUCUAUCAUGCUUGGGACAGCAUUGGGCAGCGCCGAAGGAUCUACAAGGUCGAAACUGUUGGUGAUUCAUACGUUGCAAUCGCCGGGUGCCCAGAGCCCAGGAAAGAUCAUGCGGUUGCGAUGGCAAGGUUUUCAACGGAUUGUAUGCACAGAUUGCGGACAUUGGUGAAGGCACUCGAGAAGACUCUGGGACCUGACACAGGAGACUUGGGUGCCAGAUUUGGUCUACACAGUGGCCAAUGUGUGGCUGGGGUGCUCCGAGGGGACAAAGGGAGGUUCCAGUUGUUUGGAGAUACAGUGAACAUGGCAGCUAGGAUGGAGAGCACCGGGGUUUGUAACAAGAUCCAGUGCUCCCAGGAAACUGCUGACUUACUGGCGGAGGCUGGACGCAGCAGAUGGCUGAUUGCAAGGGAGGAACCUGUCAACGUGAAGGGCAAGGGCCUCCUCAAAACAUUCUUUCUCAAUGUCACGUGUGGUUCAAAAACAUCGUCUUCUCCUUCCACUGACGACAGCCUUGAUGACCUCGCUGCAGAUGGUAGCAGGAAAAUUGGCCGCCUGAUUGAGUGGAAUGUUGAGGUUCUGAGUGGUUUAUUGAGGAGCAUUGUGGCAAGGAGGUCAUCCAUGGGAAAGAAACAGGGGAAAGUGCUUGCAUCCACUGUCGCUGGCAGUAUGGUUUUGGACGAAGUUGUGGAGAUAAUCACUCUUCCAGAAUACAAUGCCAGCGAUGUCAAGAAACAGAUUGAUCCAGAAACCAUUUCACUGGAUCCUGAGGUUGUUGGACAGCUAACAAGCCUAGUUCAAAGGAUUGCUUCAUCCUAUAGGGCAAAUCCAUUUCAUUCCUUUGAACAUGCCAGCCAUGUCGUCAUGAGUGUUCUGAAGAUGAUGGGCCGUAUCGUGGCACCAAAGGAAUUAGCUUCCAAGAGACAAAAGGGCAGCAUUGACCAAACCACAUUUGAAGCAGAGCUCAACGAUCACACUUUUGGCAUCAGUGCUGAUCCUCUGACAAGCUUUGCUUGCGCUUUCUCAGCCUUGAUCCAUGACGUGGACCACCAGGGCAUACCAAACACGGUGCUUGUCAAGGAAGAAUCUCCACUUGCUGCGAAGUACAGCAAUAAGAGUGUUGCUGAACAGAACUCUGUAGAUCUAGCCUGGGCUUUCCUGAUGGACCCUGAGUAUGACCAACUCCGAGCUUGCAUCUGCUGUGAUGAUGAAGAGUUUGCACGGUUUCGAUCUCUGGUGGUCAAUUCGGUAAUGGCCACAGACAUCAUGGACAAGGAGCUUGGUGCUGCAAGAAAGGCUCGUUGGAGUCGGGCCUUCAAGGCAGAGAGUGAUGAUCUUGGGCAAAGCCUGCUGCCAGAAGAUGCGCAGGCGAAGAUCAAUAGAAAAGCCACAAUUGUUAUUGAGCAUUUGAUUCAAGCUUCCGAUGUGUCACACACGAUGCAGCAUUGGCAUGUUUAUGCAAAGUGGAACCAGCGCCUCUUCACUGAAAUGUACAAAGCAUACAAAUCCGGAAGACUUGACAAGGACCCAUCCGAGAGCUGGUUUACCGGUGAGAUGGGUUUCUUUGACUUCUACAUCAUCCCAUUGGCAAAGAAGCUCUUCACCUGUGGUGUUUUCGGUGUCUCAAGUGACGAGUUUCUUAACUAUGCAUUGAUUAACCGAAAAGAAUGGGAACAGAAAGGGGAGGGUAUGGUUCAACAGUACCUGGAGGACUACCAAAACCAACUUGGAAGUGAAUUGCCGGAAGAACCUAUGUCCUUGGAAGUGUAA